AUGAUAAGGGAUCAAUUAUAUCGAGUAAGAAAACAAAGAGAAAGUGAUUUUCUUCAGGGCUUCAGCAUUAUAGCAAAAGAAUUAAAGUAGAUUUACAGAUUCAUCACUAAUGGAGGUGAUGCAGAACUAGAUUUAGUUGAUAGUCUUGAUCCUUUUAGUGAAGGAAUUGAAUUCAAUGUAAGACCUCUAAAGAAAUCUUGGAAGAAUAUGAAGAUACUGUCAGCCGGAGAAAAAACAAUCAGCUCUUUAGCAUUAAUUUUCGCUCUGCACAUUUACAAGCCUUCUCCUCUGCAUUUUAUGGAUGAAGUUGAUGCAGCUCUUGAUUUAAAAAAUGUGGUUAUUGUAGGAGAGUAUAUUAAGUAGAGAGCUAAUAAUAGCCAAUUUUUUAUAAUUUGUCUGAGAAAUAGCAUGUUUGAGCUUGCUGAAAAACUAUAUGGAAUUUAUAAAAUUAAUGAUACAACUAAAUUCAUUAGUAUGAUACCUGAAGAUGUAAACAACUACGUCUUUGAAAAAUUUAGCUACACUUAUGGGGGAAAGGAAUGCUAUAUAGUCUUAUGUUCAAUGACAGUUUUAUUCUAUGUAGCAGGUUGGCACACUGUCAUAAAAUCUAGACUAAUGUGA